AGAACAGUAUGACAAGGCAGGCUCAUUUAAACCUGAAGAAAAAUUGGAUGAUGUUGAAGAGCUGCAUCAACAGAAAAGCAAGCUACUCAACUCAUCUGCCGCUGGAAAAUUGGAUACUAGUACAGAUGAACUAAAUCUUAAUGCAGAACCAUUUAAACCCAAAGCUCAGCUUGUCAAUUCACCUAUUGCUGGUAAACUUGAUGGUGCUGUGUGUGAAAAGGAUCUUACUGUAAACCCAUUUGAAACUAAAACACAGGUUGUCAAUUCACCUAUUACUAGAAAACUUGAUGCUGCUAUGUGUGACAAUGAUCUUACUUUAAACCCAUUUGUUACUAAAACACAGGUUGUCAAUUCACCUAUUGCUGGUAAACUUGAUGGUGCUGUGUGUGAAAAGGAUCUUACUGUAAACCCAUUUGAAACUAAAACACAGGUUGUCAAUUCACCUAUUGCUGGUAAACUUGAUGGUGCUUUGUGUGAAAAGGAUCUUACUGUAAACCCAUUUGAAACUAAAACACAGGU